AUGGAGGUACCGCUCACGGCCCCGAACGGAAAGAAGUGGAACCAGCCGGUUGGUCUCUUCAUCAACAAUGAGACGGAAGGUGAAAUCUGCUCAGUCUACUCGGCAACCCCUGAUGACGUCCACAAAGCCGUCACGGCUGCCCGCGCGGCUCUGAAGGACCCCUCAUGGAAGCGCCUUUCCGGAACCGAUCGUGGAGCUCUCCUCCACAAGCUCGCCGACCUCGUCGAGCAAAACGCCGAGGUCAUCGCCACCAUCGAGACACUUGACAACGGCAAACCAUACACCGUCUCCCUCGAGUCCGACAUCCCGCAGUUCACCCAGGUCAUGCGCUACUAUGCUGGCUUCAGCGACAAGAACUUCGGCCAGGUCAUUGAUGCCGGUCCGGACAAGAUGGCGUACACCAUCAAGGAGCCCGUGGGCGUCUGUGGGCAGAUCAUCCCUUGGAACUACCCUCUGGCCAUGGCGGGGUGGAAGUUGGGUCCUGCGCUGGCGUGCGGGAAUACGGUGGUGUUGAAGCUCUCGGAGGUGACGCCUUUGUCGAUGCUUUAUGUCGCUAAUCUCAUCCGAGAUGCGGGGUUCCCUUCGGGCGUGGUAAAUAUCAUCAACGGCUACGGACGGGAAGCGGGAGUGGCGCUUGUUGAGCAUCCCAAUGUCGACAAGAUCGCCUUCACGGGUAGCACGGCCACGGGAAAGGAGAUUAUGCGGCUCGCCUCCAAGACCAUGAAGAACAUCACGCUCGAGACGGGCGGCAAGUCUCCUCUCCUUGUAUUCGAGGAUGCCAAUGUCGCCCAGGCUGCAAAGCAUGCGCACCUCGGCAUCAUGUCAAACUCGGGACAGAUUUGUACGGCAAAUUCCAGGCUGCUUGUGCAUGAGAAGGUUAUGGAUCAAUUUGUCGACGAGUUUACGAAGCAGGUCAAGAACGUCUCCGUGAUUGGCGAUCCUUUCGAAAAGGCCACUUUCCAAGGACCGCAGGUUUCCAAGGAGCAGUACGAUCGUGUUCUGAGCUACUUCAAGUCCGGUGUCGAUGAAGGUGCCAAGUUAGUGGUCGGCGGUCGCCCCGCUAAGGUGGCUUCAGGAAAGGGUUACUUUAUUGAGCCGACACUCUUUUCCAACGUCAAAUCAAGCAUGAAGAUUUCCCGCGAAGAGAUUUUCGGUCCCUGCGCUGUCGUUAUUCCCUUCUCUACCGAUGAGGAGGCGAUAGAGAUUGCAAAUGACACCACGUAUGGUCUUGGUGCUAUGGUCUUCACUAGGGAUCUCGUGCGGGCGCAUAAGACUGCCAGGGAAAUCGAGGCCGGCGUGGUAUUUAUUAACAGCACCGAUGACUCUGAUGUCAGAGCACCGUUUGGUGGGGUGAAGCAGUCUGGGAUCGGCAGGGAACUGGGAGAGGCUGGUCUCGCGGCGUACUGCAACAUCAAGUCGGUUCAUGUAAACCUAACAGAUGAGUAG